AUGGGCGUUUACGUUGCCGCCGUGCUCGGUGGCGCACUCUCGUUCAUCGCAUACUUCCACUAUGGAGAGCAUCAUCUCUACAGCGCGACCUAUUUCACUUCAUUUCUCGCAAUAUGUGGCACUUCAGCAGCGUAUCUCGCGUGGGUCAAGCAGGGCUACACAGUACUACAAGCCAUAUACACCAUCAGCUGGACAGCAACAUUCUUCCUCAUCGGCGUAUACGGCAGCUGUCUCCUCUACCGCAUCAAUCCCAUCCCCGGCCAAUAUCAACACCCACUAAACAAAUUCCCAGGCCCCUUCGGCGCCAAAAUAAGCAGUCUCUGGCUCUCCUUCCAGCUCGUCAAGCGACAACAGGCGCACAUCACAAUCACCGAGCUGCACAAGAAAUACGGCCCGAUUGUGCGCGUAGGAUCCAACGAUUUGUCCAUUACACACCCAAAGGCAGUGGAGAAGAUUCACGGCACGAGUAGUAAAUGCUCCAAGUCCCCUUUUUAUGAUCUCAAUCAUCCGAUUACCUCUAUCCAGACCACGAGGGACAAAGCCCUGCAUGAGCAGCGUCGACGAGCAUGGGCCGCGGCGAUUGAUCAGGACUCGGUGGAAGAUAGCGAGAUUAGUACCGGUGGUGUGAUCAAUGUAACCCGUCUCAUCAACCUGUAUGCCUUCGACGUCAUGGGCGAAGUUGCCUACGGAACGCAUUUUAAUAUGUUGAUCACCGGCAAGAACCAUAGGGCGGUUAGCCUGUUGAACGAGUCGAUGGCACUGAUGGGCUUCAUGGCCCCUAUAUGGCUCAUACGAUUUGCCGUUGCGGUGCCUGGUCUGACGAGCAAGUGGUGGGAGUUUGUGGAGUAUUGUUUUGGGCAGAUGCAGAAGUGCAGACAGUCAAAAAUGGACAUGCCCAUUAUCGCUUCAACUCUGCUCAGCCAGUACAAAGAACGAGAGCCGUCUGCAUCAGAUAUGAACCUGCUGCAAGGAGAAGCACAACUGCUCGUAGUAGCUGGAAGCGACACGACAUCCGCAGCCCUAACCUGCGCUCUCUACCAACUCGCACGCAACACUCGCAUCCAAAGCCAACUCCGCGAGGCAAUCUCCGCGUCCUUGACAGCUUCUCACGAAACAGAGAUCAAGGCGCAACGUAUCCAAAACAUAGACCUCCUCAACGGCAUCAUCAACGAGUCUCUCCGUCUCUACCCGCCUGUUCCUACCUCAUUAUGGCGCGAUACUCCACCAGAGGGGCUGUGGAUAGACGACGAGACUUAUAUCCCUGGAAACGUGACUGUGUCAACUCCUCAAUAUGUACUGGGGCGAAGUAGCGAGGUGUUCGAAGAAUCGGACGCCUUCAUCCCGGAACGAUGGUAUUCCAGACCCGAAAUGGUCAAGCAAGGGAAAGCAUAUGCGCCGUUCAAUAUUGGAACACACAGUUGCGUCGGUAAACCGUUGGCAAUGCUCAAUAUGCGUCUUACACUAGCUCAGCUUGUUCAUACUUAUGAGUUUGAGUUUGCGACGACGACUACGGAGAAUACAAUAAUUGAUGAAGAAGAAAGGAAAGAAAGAGCUCAAGUCAGAUGGGAGGAAAGUAUUAAAGAUACUUUCACGCUUGUGCCGGGUCAGUUGCAUUUACGAUUUAAAAAGAGGACGGUGUAA